UCCAGGUCUUUGUAGAUGAUCAGUAAAAGAAGUUGGCUUAAAGAUUGUUCUUGGCAUCCCAGUAGAAGGCUGAUACUAGCUAUAAUUUAUGGUGAAGCAUCUCAUAACUGAAGGCGGUCAUGGAGAAAGGUCCUUUAAAACUGAAAUUGAAGCUUGGCUCAACCCCUGAGCCUCCAGCCAUGGAAAUUGAUUCCUACAAUGCUGAUGAUGAUCUUGUGUCCGGUGAAGAUGGGCUCCAGAGUCUUAGUGCAGGAGCUGAGGAUACUGGCAGAGAAAGACACAAGAAGUCCAAGAAGAAAAAGAAGAAGAAGGAAAGAGAGAAAGACCGCUCUCACAAACACAAGAGAGAUCGAUCACAAAUAGAUGCAAAUGCUGAUGCUGAUGAGCCAAGCUACAAGAAAAUUAGAGAAGCCAGUCAAAUACCAGCCGCGCCCGCUGCAUCUUCAACUGCUGUAGCUGCUGCCUUUAAGGAGUUAUUGACUCAUCUCCUGAAGCAACUUGAGAAAAAGGAUAUAAACCAGUUCUUCCUGGAGCCCGUAACUGACCUCAUAGCACCCGGCUACUCCUCCAUCAUAACUGAGCCCAUGUGCUUCUACACCAUGAGGGAGAAGAUUGCUCAAGGUGCUUACUCCUCCCUCACUGAAUAUGAGGAUGAUGUGAAGCUCAUUGUGGCCAACUGCCUGAAAUAUAACGGACCAGAUACCGUCUACUACAGUGCGGGCAAGAAACUGCUGGCAGCUGCGCAGUCUGUUCUCAGUAAAGACAGGCUUCUUGCCCUCAAGAAAGACAUGCCGUCCAUUGCCAUCUUGCCUCAUGAAGUUAUUGGGGUCCACUUGGAGAGCCCUAAUGAGGCAGCUGACAGCGGGGCUGACGAUCGCACUGACUCCCCCAACAGCCAGGACAGCAGGUCUGAGGGAGAUGAGGAGGAAGACGGGGACGAGGGUGACGGUACCGAAGACUCUGAGACGGAGGCUGUCCACGUGGCUGAUGUUGCGACCAAAGCCGCCCGCGCCGCUGCUCUGGCCCUGCACAAGAACAAGCCCACCUCCACUAUGGGCUAUCUAAAGCCUCGCCCAGACGGCACUGUCGGCCUCACAUUCCUGAGCGGCUGCAGCGGUAGCGCUGGUGGCGGUAGCGGAGGUGGCGGUAGCGGAGGAUCUGCUCAGCAACCUGACAGCAAGCCCCUGAACCUGGGCCUGGUUCUUGGCAAGCUCACUUCUGGAUCAUCUACUCUACACAACUACCAUGACGAUAAGCGUACAAUGGCUAAACCUGUGAAGCCGAUCCAUUAUGGGUCGUACUCGUCGUUCUGCCCGAGCUAUGACUCGACCUUCUCUAACUUGAGCAAAGAAGAGAGCGACUUAGUGCGAGCUACGUACGGCAACGAGACGGCCGUGCAGUAUGCCGAGAGCAUCUGCGAGUUCUCCCGAGACUGCAGCAUGGCGACGACUCUGGUCGAUCAGCUCCUCAACCUGCUGACGUCAGGACAGCACAGUCGCACCCGCGCCACUAUUGCUGCUCACCAACAACAGCAACAACAACAACAACUGCACAUGAAGGACGCUUCACAGUCAUGCGACGACAGCAAGAAAGCAGCAGAUGUCGCUGACAUCAGCAACUUACGCUCCCUCAGCUCCCUGGGCAUUGAUGUCAGCUUCCUUGACAGCUUUGAGCAACUAUAA